AUGCCCCGCCCACCAGCACUCGUGCACCUCGCACAGCAGCCUGCCCGAGCAGCUGCAGCAUCAGCCUCGGCAGCCGCCUCGUCCCCCGCCCAGCUCCCGCUCUCUCGCCGCUCCUUCUCAUCGGCCGCCGCUCCCUCGACCACCAACACUCGCACGCGCUCGACUGCGACUAGCUUGAACGGCUGGGUCAUUGAGCAGCAGCCACUCGCACGCCGUCGCUCGGCACCGUCGUCCUCGCGUUCGUUCCACUCCUCGACGGCGCGUACCCUCAACAAGAACCCGUACAGCGUCCUCGGCGUCAAGAAGGAGUCGUCGGUCAACGAGAUCAAGAAGGCCUACUACGGCCUCGCCAAGCGCUACCACCCGGACUCGAGCACCGAGAAGGACGCCAAGGAGAAGUUUGUUGAGAUCCAGGAGGCUUACGACAUCCUGUCGGACGACAAGAAGCGCGCCGACUUUGACCGCUUCGGCUCGGCGUCGACCCAGCCGGGCUUCGACUCGGACGCCUACGCCCGCGCCACCUCGUCGUUCGGCGGCGCCGGCUUUGGCGACUUUUUCGGCGGCGGCAUGGGCGGUGGGCCCGGUGGACCCGGCGGCGCCGACAUCUUCGAGUCGCUGUUCGGCGCGUUCGGGCGCGGCGGGUCGGCGGGCGGGCCUCGACAGACGGUGCCCGUCGGCGACGACAUCGAGGUGUCGAUCUCGGUCCCGUUCCUCGACGCGGCAAAGGGCGCGUCGCGCACGAUCGCCAUCUCGCCCGUCGUCGACUGCCACACGUGCCACGGCUCGGGCCUGCGCGAGGGCAUGCACAAGGCCCAGUGCGGCUCUUGCGGCGGGUCGGGCACGCGCACGUUUACGAUCCAGAGCGGGUUCCAGAUGGCCUCGACGUGCUCGGCGUGCGGCGGGUCUGGCAGCGUCGCGCCGCCCGGGAGCAACUGCGGGACGUGCGCCGGCGUCGGCAAGGUGCGUGAGCGCCGCACGGUCGAGGUCAAGAUCCCGCCCGGCGUCGACGACGGCAUGAAGAUCCGCCUCGACGGCAAGGGCGACGCGCCGCUCACCGCCGGCGGCUCGACCUCGGCCAAGGCCGGCCGCAACGGCGACCUGUUUGUGCGCAUCAACGUGCAGCCGAGCAAGGUCUUUUCGCGCCAAGGGUCCAACUUGUACCAGAACGUCCACGUGCCGUUCUACACGGCCAUCCUCGGCGGGCGCGCGCCCGUCAAGACGCUCGACCGCGACGUCGAGGUGCGUGUGCCGCAGGGGACCCAGCCCGGCGAGGAAAUGGUCCUCCGAGGACGCGGCGUCAAGAAGCUGUACAAGGACGACCACGGCGACCUCGUCCGCCGCAUCCUCGAGCAGUUUGUCGCCGAGACCGACAUGCCCGGCUCGACGGCGCACUACCCCACCACCUCUUCCUCUUCCGCAUCUGCAUCCUCCUCGUCGUCCCCCUCCUCGUCUCGCCGCCCGGCACCCUCAUCCUCCUCCUCCUCGGCCGCCGGCGCCGCCGCCUCGGCCCCUCCAGCCGGCGACGAGCCCCAGGUCGCGACCCCUCCUCCGCGCGAGGGCGCACCGGACAAGCCCCAGUGGUGGAGCACCAUGAGCGACGACAUCUCGUCGACCGCGACCGACAAGGCGCGCGCCGCUGCGGGUGCGGCCGAGCGCGCGUCGAGCGAGUCGGUCGAGGACAAGCUCGACGAGGCCAAGGAGCGGUUCGAGAGUGUCCGGGAGGAGGUGGGCGACGCGUUCGAGGGCGUCAAGGACAAGGCGGCCGAGGCGGUCAAGGAGGGCAAGGAGGCGGUCAAGGACGCCGCCGCCGACGACGACGACAAGCACUCGCUCCUCGGCGACCUGUGGAAAGCUGGCAAGAAGAAGGUCAAGAAGGCCAAGGAGGCCGUGUGCGACGACGACGACGCGGCCAAGAAGCAGUGAGCGGAGGUGGCGAGGUCCGUGCACGCUGUCCUUCGUCGUCGUCGUACCACCCCAUAGAGUCUCGCACCGCACCCCUCUCUUCUCUCUCUCCCCUCUCACCGCAUGACAGUACAAAAAGCAUCGUCGUUCCCCCUUC